CUCAGAGAGUUGAAGCAAAGCGAGCGGCAGUGCAGAGCUUCCACAUACACAUGCACGCACUGUCACACAGCUGUGAUGUGUAACACAGAAUGAGGCUGAGGUAGUUUGCGAAAGGACAAAUCUUCUUCUCAUGUCUUUCAUGUAAUCUUCCUGGAAACACAUCCACACCUGAAGAGCAGAGUUCCACCUUCAACAUCUAUCAACCCCCCUCCCCUUAAGUCCCUCAGAAAAUUUAACCUCCAAACGAUCCUGAGCAGAAUCAACAGCUGACCCAAUGGAAGCAACAACCCUUGCUGAGAUGGGAGACUUAUGUCAUCCUCGAGCCUCCAGUCCAGACGGGGAGACAGUGUGUGAGGCUCUGGCCCGUCAUGAGAGCACUCUGAGAGAGGCCAUCAGGGAGAUCCACAUGGAUGUCAGUGCCUUUAAGUUAAGCAUGGGACACCGUCUUGAGGAUGCAGUCAGUCUGAGCGGGACUCUUGGAAGAGCCAUGACUCAGCUCCAACAGGAGAACCGGGAGCUCAGAGCUCAGCUGCAAGCUCUAAGCCGACAAGUGGAACUCCUCAGUGGGAUGAGCGGUCAUAACGGCAAGGACCACACCAACGACAUCCAAGCGAAUCACUGGGAGGUCAAAGAGGUGAUCUGUGGGAAGGCUGAGGUUCCCGCUCAAAGUGUCAUCCAGCCUGUCAUACUAGGGAGCCAGACACCGAACCAUAGUGGCCACAGUGGCCCCAUCAACACUGCAUCCACUCCUGCAACGUUCUCCUCCUCCCCCAGCUCCAGCAGUCCUCCAGUCACUUCAAGAGUUUCCGCCAUUGUGACAAGUCCCAUGUCAAGCAGUAGCCCCUCCACUGGCCGCUUCUCCAGCCGAGCCACAUUUGCAGUAUCAAGUAAAAACAAUAGUAUUGAGCGAGAAGAGCCGAUAGAAGUAGACCAAGCACCAGCACAUACAGUCCUGGAAAACGGACACAGUGCGUCAACAGAGCAUUCCUUGCUGGUACAUGGAAAGACAUCCCCACCCCGGGAUUCCCCACAUGAACACACAGCCCAGGUCGCCAUGCGAAUGGCUCACUUCCCUAUCACGGCCACCACCAAGACAGCAGAAAUUAAGAAUUCUCCUGACUCGCCUAGUAGCCCCACCUCUUCUGGUUCUUCACCAGUCUUGGAAGCCUUCCCUCUCGGCCAAUCAGCAGCCGGCGUCGUUAAGCCUCAAUCGAUCGCAGAUUUUCCAGUUCAACAAGCAGUGUCUCCCAUGAAGACUUGGACCCCCACACUCAGCAGAGCUCAUGGAACUUCACGCCUCCACGAGAAAACGGGUUCAGCCCCAGCUAAAACUGUGACUUAUGCUGCAUUACCUCAUCAUGACAGAGAUAACACUGUUGAAAGCAAAGAGCGAUCCUUUGGGCAUGGAGGAGAAAGGAGACGAGAGCUGGUGAGGUCACAGACUUUACCAAGAAACAUUGGAGCUCAGGCCCGUCGGUCAAUUUUUGAGAGGUUGGACACAGAUGUCAAUAACAGUCACCCCAAAAUUGUGGAGUCCAAACCUAAACUUAAGCGCUCGCAAAGUUUUGGAGUUUCUAGUGCCAGCAGUAUCAAACAAAUCCUUCUCGAGUGGUGUCGAUCGAAGACCGUAGGCUACCAGAACAUAGACAUCCAGAACUUCUCAUCCAGUUGGAGCGAUGGCAUGGCUUUCUGUGCUCUGGUACACUCGUUCUUUCCCACAGAGUUUGACUAUGAAUCUUUGUCACCUGCCAACCGCAAGCACAACUUUGAGCUGGCUUUUGGGACUGCAGAAGUCAAGGCAGGCUGUGAUCGGCUAAUCGAAGUGGACGACAUGAUGAUCAUGGGUCGUAAACCGGAUCCAAUGUGUGUAUUCACGUAUGUUCAAUCCCUUUACAACCACCUGCGCAAAUUUGAGUGACAAUGGCCACAUAUCGCAUAUUGAUGGUGUGACCUUUGCCAGCCGCUGCCACAUUGCCACUGACAGUAAGGAAUUUGAAUUCAAGACUGGAUUGCCCUCUUGUGGUGAUUUGGGGAACACUCUUCCCCAUAUACUGUGGGCGCUUGUGGAUGAGCGAUUGAGCGUCAUCCAAUCAAUGAAAACAUGUUUUUGUCUUUGUAAACUGUGUAUUUGUUGUUUGUAAAGCUCUAUUAUUCCCACUUGUAUGUUAUAUUUUAACAUUGCACCAGAUUUGCAAUAUCUGAAGAACUGAAAUGUAGGCAAUAAUUUGAAAGUGAUACUUAAUGUUCAAAUAAGAUGCGGAAAGUAAGAACUUGUUUGCAAAGUGAAAAUAAUAAGAUUUAUUUACACACUGUAUGCUGAGAUAUUGAUUUGUGAUCCAUUUUUUAAAAACUGUGACACUUAAUUUACCUGUUGACCAUAUACUUUGCAAGUAGAGGGACACCGAGUUAUUGUAUGUACAGUGCAUGGCCAUCUCUAUUUUUGGUCUCUAGAUGCUGACUGAAUGUGCAUUUAUAUGAGAAUUCCUCCGAAUUGCGCCUUAGCAUUUCCCGGUCCACUGUGUCGAUUACAGCUGUCAGUCGAUUUUUCAUGUCAUCAAUAUUUGCCGCAAGCGGUGGUAUAUUAAAGACAAGUUUAUGUAUAGGUUUAAAAUGAUUUGCAAAUCAUUGUAUUCUCUUUUCAUUUAUGUUCAACAGACAGUCUUGUCACAGAUUACUUGAAAAA